CUAAAGUCACUUGGAAGGUGUUCAAUUGUUCUCUCUCUCCUAAAAAGUCCACCUUUAGUCAUUUUGUGUAUUCUUUUCUCUACCCUCUUCCAAACAAUUCCAUUGACUCAAACAUCAACACAUCAUUCACAGUUUUCACACCAUUCACCAACAAAUUUGGCCAAAUUAAUCACCAUUUUCACUUGUAGUAGCAAACAUCAUAACUUUUUUCUUUCCAAUUUUUUAGCUUCACAAAUAUCACAACCACAUCACUCACUACUCACCCCACUUCCCCAAAAACAUUCCCAUCUUCUCUCACUCAUACAUUUCACCUGAAUCAUCAAAUUAACACCCAACAACUAACUUCCCAAAAAACCAAUUUUACAUUUUUCACCCAAAUUUCAAUGCCAUUAGAUUUAGAAAUUUGCACCAACAACAAUCAUGUUAUUAGCAGAAGUAGCAUCAACAUGGAUGGAAACAACAAAACAACUCAAAUCCAAAAAAGAAAAAAAUGGUUCUUUCUAUCAUUACUUCCUUUAUUAGUUUUACUUACAUUUUUCACUUCAUACAACUCAAAAACCCCAUUUUAUAGAUACCCAAUUUAUCAAGAAACAACCCUUAAAACCCCUGAUUUUGUAGAAUCAAAGAUGAAAAUUUUACCAACUUCACAAAACCCAGUUCCUAAAAUUGCUUAUUUGAUAUCUGGUUCAAGAGGUGAUGGUGAGAGUUUAAAAAGAACAUUAAAAGCUCUUUAUCAUCCUUUAAAUCAAUAUGCUGUUCAUCUUGAUUUAGAAGCUCCACCUGAUGAAAGAUUAGAUUUGAUGGAUUUUGUAGAGAAAGAAAGUGUUUUUAGAGAAGUUGGUAAUGUUAGAGUUGUUGCAAAGAGUAAUUUGGUUACUUAUAGAGGUCCUACUAUGGUUAGUAACACUCUUCAUGCUAUGGCUAUUUUGUUGAAAGAAGGUGGAAGUUGGGAUUGGUUUAUUAAUUUGAGUGCUUCUGAUUACCCACUUGUUACCCAGGAUGAUUUGCUGCAUGUAUUAUCAACCAUACCAAGAGAACUUAAUUUUAUUGAGCAUACUAGUGACAUUGGGUGGAAAGAGUUCCAGAGAGCGAGACCUGUUAUAAUCGACCCUGGCUUUUACAGCUCUCAGAAAUCCGAUGUCUUUUGGGUCCCUGAAAAUAGAGGCAUACCUACAGCAUUCAAAUUAUACACUGGUUCGGCUUGGAUGAUGCUUUCUCGACCUUUUGUUGAGUACUGCUUAUGGGGUUGGGAUAACCUCCCUAGAACAGUUUUGAUGUAUUAUGCCAACUUUCUUUCCUCACCUGAAGGUUAUUUCCAUACUGUCAUAUGCAAUGUUGAGGAAUUUAAGAACACGACAGUAAACCACGACCUUCAUUUCAUAUCAUGGGACAAUCCUCCUAAGCAACACCCACAUUUUCUGACAGUUGAAGAUUAUGAAAAAAUGGUGAAUAGCAACGCGCCCUUUGCAAGGAAAUUCGGAAGGAAAGAAGAAGUUAUGGAUAAGAUCGAUUCUGAGAUUUUGGGUACCGAUGUCAAUGGAUUUGUGCCUGGAAAUUGGCUAGUAAGAGAAAAUGGAAAUAGUACAGUUGGGUCCUAUGCUGUGGUAAAUAACAGUAGUGAACUGAGGCCAGGUUCUGGUGCUGAUAGGCUCAAACACCUCAUCAGAAAACUAUUAUCAGAAGAUAAUUUUCAUCCAAGGCAAUGCACCUCGAUUCCAUUAUGAUUCAUAGUCUUCCACUUCAUACAGAUUUUUUAGUCAGAAAAUAAGAAAUGACUAUAUAUUUGGGGAGUGAUAGUAAAAUACCAUAUAUAUACAUAUACUGGUUAGUUUGCUUUCCCUUUUUCAUCUUUCAGUUAGCUUUGGGAUACAAAAGUAAUUGCAACAUAAGUUGGUGCCCAUGUUUGUAUAUUGGAUUUCAUAAUGGUAUAUUGGUAUAGUCUUUUACUAA